ACGGACCUGUCGGGGUCUGGCCUUCAAGCCAUCUCUAAGGGAUACUGCCGCCGGACUUCUGUCACCGAGCGAGGCAAACUACUUUUUUACGAAAACGAAACAAACCCUGUCUUCCGUCGUCAUGUUCAGUGGGGUGAGAUGGUAGAAUAGUCAAUGCCAGCAGCACUCAGCUCCGAAAGACUCCAUCGCAGCGGAAAGGUUCUUCCCCUCCCCCUGCCAGAACAAGUGAAUUGGUUGAACAGUCAAUGGUUAUAGCAUGUUUUUCAAAUUCAGUGUCUUUAAGACAUUGGGCCAGAGCUAAUGCGCGUGACAAAGAUUCACGUGAGCCGUUAUUAAGUUGUGCAGUGUCCAUGGUCCGUGGUGAGGAGACUGCUCUCUCAUCUUGAAUUGUCUUGAACUACGAGUAGUGAUCUUGCUCCAGAUUUACAUAGUUUUAUCAUUAUAAUACCAAAGCAUCCGCAUCCACCACCAUGUCCCAUUCUAACGCCGGUUUCGAGCCGGACUCUAAGGACAUGAACUCGAAUGUUGGAAGGAAAGGUUCCAUUGUGCAGGGUGAGACAGUGAUUCAUCGACAAGAUCUCACUGAGGAAGAGGUCAAGCGAGAGAGCUUCAAGAUGAAGAAGAAUGUGGUCAUAAUCUCGUUCGCCUUCAUGUUGCUUUUCACCGCCUUCCAAUCCAUGGCCAACCUCCAGUCCUCGAUAAACAAAGUCAAUGGCUUGGGAACCUAUUCGUUGUCGGUGAUUUAUGGAGCUUUGGUGCUCUCAUGUAUGUUCUUGCCCUCGGUGAUCAUCAAAACCAUCUCGGUGAAAUGGACCAUGGUGUUCUCAAUGUUUUGUUACUCCACUUACAUUGCGGCCCAAUUCUAUCCGUCAUUUGGGACCUUGAUCCCCGGAGCUAUCAUUUUGGGACUGGGUGCGGCCCCAAUGUGGAGUGCCAAAUGUACCUAUUUGACACAAGUUGGAAACAAAUACGCUGAAGUGACUGGUGUGCAAGUGGAACCGAUUAUUGUGCGCUUUUUUGGAAUUUUUUUCCUCUUCUUUCAAUUCGCAUCCGUUUGGGGCAGUCUCAUCAGCUCUUGGGUUCUUUCCUCCGGCGAUGAAGUGGCUCAAAUCUCUCGCGAGGAACUCCAAUAUUGUGGGGUCAAUUAUUGUCCCAAGGCUGCUCCUCUCCCUUCGAUCAAUACGACUUUGAAUGUGGAACCGGAUUUAGAGGACAAUUUCGCCACCAGUAAAACCAAACUUUAUACCUUGGCCGGCAUUUACUUGGCUUGUUCCCUUGUGAGUGCCACUGUUGUCGCCCUGUUUGUGGAUCCAUUAUCCAGAUAUGGCGAGCACGAACGGGAUGAUGGACGCGAGAAGCUGAGUGGUCUGCAAUUGCUGGUAGCCACUUUCCAGCAUAUGACGAAACCGUAUCAGAUUCUGGUGAUUCCAUUAACGUUCUGGUCGGGCAUCGAGCAAGGUUUCUUUGGUGCGGAUUUCACAGCCGGUUUCGUCUCGUGUGCUUACGGCGUUCAAAAUGUCGGAUAUGUGGUGAUUGCUUAUGGUGUCAGUGAUGCGGUUUGUUCGUUCAGCUUCGGGUUUCUCAUCAAGAAAGUGGGCCGUGUUCCCAUCUUCCUCUUUGGUACCUUGGUCAACAUCGUUGUGAUCGUGGUGUUCUUCACCUGGAGUCCCAACCCUGAGGAGCAAUAUGUUUUCUACAUUCUGGCCGCUCUUUGGGGCGUGGCUGACGCAGUAUGGCAAACUCAAAUAAAUGCGCUCUAUGGAGUUCUCUUCGAAAAGGAUGAAGAAGCGGCCUUUUCCAACUAUCGUCUUUGGGAAUCCUUGGGUUUCAUUGUGGCCUACAUCCUUCAAAACAACGUGUGCAUCUACUCCAAAUUGUGGGUAAUGAUUGGUGUUCUGUCGACGGGCAUGAUUGGUUACUUGAUAAUUGAGGCCAUGGAGUUCAGAAAGCGCCGAGGUUGAUCCAUUUAUGUCUAUAUACAUACACAUACAAUUUACGAGCUCGUAGACUAGAUCGCAAUCACGCAAACACAUCCCACAAUAAUCAAAUCUGAGUACACCAUGAGUAGCACUGAUUCUAACGUACCUUUGUCAUAUAAACUAUAUGAAACGACAAUAAAUCUUGCUAUCUUAA